GGCAGAAUGAGGAUUUACCUUUCCUUGGGGGUGCUGUUCUGUGCUGUCUCGACGCUGAGUGCUGCCACUGAUAAGGUGGUUUGUUCUUUCGGCAGCUGGGCAACCUAUCGGGUAUCGAACGGCAAGCUUGACGUCGAAAACAUCAAUCCCAGUCUGUGUACGCAUAUUGUCUACUGCUUCGUGGUGCUCGAUCCCGCUACCUACACGGUUAAGCAUUCGAAUCCGUAUGCUGAUAUCAGUUUAAAGGGUUUCACUCGGUUUGUUGCUCUGAAGAAGACACAUCCAAACGUCAAGUUGCUUCUGGCGAUCGGUGGCCCGAGUGAGGUUUCGGUAGCUUAUUCCAAGAUGGUGGCGUCAUCGGUACAUAGAUCGACUUUCAUUCAGUCGGUGGUUAGUCUAUUCAAAACGUACGGGUUCGAUGGUUUAGACAUUAACUGGCAAUAUCCGGUGCUGAAGGGAGGUAGUGUUCUAGAUCGUAUCAAUUACAUAACGCUGCUGUCGGAGGUGCGCGAUCGCUUCACCAGUGAAGGCCUGCUCUUGAGUAUCACAGUGGGUGCCACGAGUGAUUAUCACCGGGCGUCUUACAAUAUACCUGAGAUCAACAAGUAUGUCGACUUCGUUAGCCUGAUGACGUACGAUCUGCAUGGCUGGUUUGAUGCACAAACCGGCCACAAUUCACCGCUGUUCGCGGCACCCUGA